AUGCAGUACUCUUCCUCAUGUCAAUAUGCCUUUCCGGCCAAAGAUCUGAGCGAUUUCACUUAUACAUUUUUUUGUUAUUUAACACAGAUGUCUUCUGGCUCCAGUCGCCUUUUCCAACCCAGUGCUUCCGGUUUGACGGCCGCUUCAUCCGGAGCCACCAGCACUCUUAACGACUCAAGCCCAACCUCCAGCCCUGGUUUGGGUGUGUCAAGGAGCCAAGUUAAGAUAUCAGCUGGUGCUAUCGUCUGCUCGGAAUGUGAGAUACGCGGCGAUGUCACCAUCGGUACUCGCACUGUUAUCCAUCCAAAAGUGUCGAUUAUUGCCGAGGCUGGCCCGAUUAUAAUAGGCGAGUCUAAUCUUAUCGAAGAGCUGGUGGAGCUGAGGAACACCGUGCCAGGCGCCGUGAUGGUGAUUGGUGAUUCAAACUUCUUUGAGGUUGGUUUGAAUCCCUUCUUCCAGGUUCUUAUCUUCCCUUUAUUUGCCAGUUUGUCCAGGUCUAUCAUUAAACAAUAUCAAAAGUUGAUCGGCAGGCCAGCUUUUGCUUGUCUGAUGACGACGAUGUUCCCGGCCGGAAGUAGUGUUGUGAACUCCUUUUCGGUUUACUUGUCUCAUGUAUUAUCUAUGGGUAAUCUAAAUUCUAUCACAUCUACAAUGGCUUUACUUUGUGAUUAA